CUCUCUUCUUCUCUUGCCGACCCCUCCCCCUUUCUCCCGUCCCUGUGACGAUCGGCUACAUCACCAUGACGAUCGACUACAUCCAGCCAGUGGACCCGCGCCGCCUCGCCCAGGCGAAGACUUUUGCUGAUGGCGCCCUGUUCUCGGAUUGGGAGGUCGUCGCAUGCCCCAAGGACCCUGCUACAGGCCUGCAGGAGCUCGACCUCUCUCGGGUGGUGUGUAUGGCGGGCUCCAGAACUUGGGAAGGCCUGCGUCAAAUUGACUUGCCGGGCUUGUCAUCCGGCCUGUUUCGCAUGAUCAGCGACCAGACAUCGCCGGGGAAGCCGGACCUUCUCCUGGGCGUGAUGGGCACGGGGAUGCAAGCCGGUAAGGAGGUCGCAAAGUCGCCCGAGUAAAUUCUUCUCCAGACCAAGCGCGCGCUGCUGGAUGCCACGGCGAAGUAUCUCUUCACCUGCCCCACUCACGCGGGGAUUAUGCACACUGAAUGUGGGUCCUACGUAAUUU